AUGACUUCUUUACAUACGAAGUUUUUAAAAUUCACUUUCAUUUUUUCGCUAUGGAUUUGCGCGUUUUUUGUUUAUGGAAAAGAAGUUUAUGGUCCGAAUUGUCCGAUUGGUUUUACACUGCUGUUCAGGAAGGAAGGACCUCUGUGCUACAGACGGAAAGGUCCUGAGUUAUUUAGCGAAAAAUACAGAGACUGUGCUGGAAACUUGUACUCAUCAGAAUUAAUACAUGAGACGAAUUUUACGAAACCAGACCAUGCAGUCUGGACGCAAUACAAGUCUAUGUACCCAGGUGGUUUUUUAUACGACACAAGCUUCUCCAAAAACUAUGGAAAAGCUAUUAGCUUUGAUUUACACGGUGUAUCCACAAGCAUAGAACUGUUAGAUAAAGAUGAAGAACUGUGUCUUAUACUAGACCCUGUAAGUAACUACACGUUGGUGAAUUGUAAUAAAAGAUAUUAUAGCUACUGUGUCAUAAGACCGUACAAAUCUGAAGAGUCGCUUGUAGGCUGUCAGGAGUUGAAAGAUUCAGUGCGUUUUUGGAGUCCCGAUUCAACUUGUUUGACCUCUUUGAUCGGAGUAGGUGGUGGUGCUAUACGGGCUACUUGGAACCAAGCUAAAGAACUUUGUUGGAAGAAUGGUGCUUCGCUUUUACAUCGGGGCUGGAGGUAUUCCAACCACCCGGUAUUUCGCGGAUCUUUUAUGAAUCAUACAUAUCCGUUAGGAAUAAUCAUGAGCAAUGACCUAUCGUUGUUGAGAUAUGACGCUAUACAGGACCAUUCAGAGAUACCUCAAAGUGAAUGGAAUUUUGACGAUACUAUUGAAAACUCUGAUACCUUACUCGGUGGACUGCAAAAUGACUUCUGGUCACUUGUCAACGGAUCGUAUAUCUUCUAUGAAGUUAUCUGUGAGCUGCAUUUAGGAGUUAAGAAUGUCAGUCUACACCUGGCUAUAGAUGAGGAUAAUAGAAUGACUCUCACUAUAAAUGCUUCAUUGCAUGAUGACGAUAUUUCGUGCUACACGGAUUCAGUUAAACCAAUUAUAACGAAAGUUAGCAAACGGAGGAUUGAUAGCAAAAAUAUUUUUAUAAUAUCACCCAAACAAGACGGCUACUACUGGUGUAUCCACACCAACACAAGAAAUUUCAAGCCAGCAGUGUCCAAUAAAGUGCUAUUUCUACGUGCAAAAGAGUCACUCAUUAACACAUAUUCUAUUAAAUUUCAAUUAGAUCAUUACGUACGAUUAAGUGGAAAGGAUUGGGAGGUUUAUUUGCACGAAGUCUGCGAGAACAAAAUUAAAGAAUACAUUUUCUAUCGAACAAAGUACGAACAGAUAUUUGGGGAGAUGAACACAAAUGUGACGGAGGACACUUUGAAAGUUUUUAAACAUUCAAAUCCCAGUUUGAAAGGGAAAGAUAAAGCUAUUCUGAACAUAAAGUUGAAAAGGUUGUAUCCGGAUGUACGAAAAGUUCUGGUGCACGUAGAAUUGAAUCCAGAUAUGAAACCUGUACCUCCUGGGUAUUGGGAAGGCUUGAAGAUCUUCUAUAUGAAGUCUGUGUAUUAUUGCAGGGGUUUUGAUACUCUUCCUGAUGGGGUAUUAGGAGAAACAAAACUGUCCGGAUGCCAUAAUCAUACAUGUAUAGGCAAUUUCAACGAAGGUGUUCAAUGGGUGACUACGGCGAGGACUGACUGUAGGAACUCUGGCCACAGGGCCUUGAGCAUUGAUGACGUCACUAUGGUUAUGCCAACAGUAGUUAUAACUUCAACCCAGUCAUCAAACGUCGCCAAGGAAGAAACUAGCGAUAGUUCAGAGGAGAGCGAUAAUUACACUGGGAAGCUAACAACUCGGUUUAUACCAGACAAAAGUACUCCUGAAGUUACCACAGAAUACACGACCAUAGCGGAAAAUAUUAAUAAUUUCACCACUGAAAGUGUUUUCACGACAGAUCUUACUUUCCCUGAUACUACAGUAACUACCACAACUUACUCUCCUACCACCAGCUUUACUACAACCGAGGAAGCUUCGACUAUACCGCCGGAGAUACUUCUGGAUCGAGUGCUAGAAGAUUUGGAUAACCUCGUCAACAACACAGAACCUGUCAUGGUGAAAGAUAUUGACAACGUAUUUAAUAAGAUAGACAAUAUUCUCGAAUCACGCGGAAGUCUCGAAAUACCAAGUCAAUUCCUACAUUUACUAGAUACUUUAGGUACGACUGUGAAUUUAAAUGGAUCUCAAACAGCUACUGCGGUCAGAAACAACAUAGCGUUGGUGCUAGCGGACGCUGAACCCAGUCAUCCCGUUAGAGGAAUGAAGAUAGCUGCCAGAGACAGUGAUAUCUUUACUGACGACGCUUUCCAAAUAUUUAAUGGUGAUCUUAAUUCAUCAGAUCUUGAGACUGGUCGCAACGAAGUAGUUGUUCAUCUCCCUUCAUCUUUAUCGGAGACGUCACGUCGAGUAUCUUUCGUAGUAUUUCGCAACGACCGUGCUUUUACAUCGAACUCAAAUAUAUAUUCUGUUAACAGUAGAGUAUUAAGCGUGAAAAUAGAAAAUGUAACGACCUUCGAAAAUAACGAGGUUAUAGACAUACACGUUAGUCCCAUCACGAUUGACCUAAACAGGAAUGAGACUCGCGCGUGUGCGUAUUGGCAGUUCACGGGAAAUGGGACGGGAUAUUGGUCGCAGGAUGGCUGUAAAUUAAUUCCUGCCACACAACCGGGUAUGUUAAGUACAUGUAGAUGUACACAUCUGACACAUUUCGCUGAAGUUGUGUUCCCUCGAACGGUUUUUUCUCUAAGAGAUGAGGAUAUGUUGGAGCUUUUAACAAUCAUAGGAUGUUGCUUGUCCAUUUUCGGUUUAGCUUUUGUAGGCGUAACGGCAGCUAUGUUCAGAUCAUGGCGUCGAGAUUUCAGCAACAAAAUAUGGUUACAGUUAUGCAUUGCUAUAUUUUUAUCAGUUCUUAGUUUUUUGGUAGUGAUAUUUGCAAAAUUCCAACAAUACAACGUACCGUGUAUGUUAAUGGGGGUUGUUCUUCAUUAUUCUGUUUUAUCUUCAUUUUGCUGGAUGUUAGUGGCAGCUAUACUCUCGUAUCGUCGUUUAGUCCUUGUGUUUACAAGAGACGCUUCUCACAAAUUACUUAGAGCGUCUGCUUUUGCUUGGGGUACACCGUGUGCGAUCAUUGGUAUACUUCUAUCAGUAUCCCCUCAAUCAUAUUCCAAUCGUUUCGAAGAAAUAUCACCAAGUGGUUCAUUCUGCUAUCCUUCAGGUCUAGCUCUAUGGAUCUCGGUCUACGCUCCUAUAGCUCUCAUACUUGUGAUCAACUGGAUACUAUUCGCUUUAAUAGUAAGAUCCGUGUUUGCAUCACGAGGUAUCCAACGACACGGAGAUUCAAACGAAGCGUUGCGUUGCGCAUCAGUGAGUUGUCUCUUGGUAUUUUUGUUUGGUUUGCCUUGGAUUUUUGGUCUCUUUGCAUUUAACGUCGUAUUCGCCUAUCUGUUUACGCUCACAGCAACUUAUCAAGGUUUGAUAUUGUUUCUAUUUUUCGUUGUUGGUAACAAAAAGACUAGAGAUUUGUGGUUAAAUAAACUAAAGAUUAAACAAACUCGUAAAGUGCCAGUUACAUCAUCGACGUACUCUAAUAGAAGUUCGGGUUGGAGAGGAGGAACUCAUCCCAUGAGUAUUGAAUCAAAAACUUCCAAACCUAAAUCUCUCGAGCAAGAUGACUCCAGGUUCUCUUGA